CGCUUUCGGUUUCUUUUCCCCUCGGUGCGCGCCCAAAGCAGGACCCGGCUGCGCGGCCCGGGCGCCAUGGCUGGGCUGGGUGCUGUGGCCGGGCUGAAGGAGGAGCUGACCUGCCCCAUCUGCCUGGGCAUCUUCCGCAGCCCCGUGUCCCUGAGCUGCGGGCACAGCUUCUGCAAGGGGUGCAUCCAGGAGGCGCGCAGGGGCCGGCAGGGCCCCUUCAGCUGCCCGCUCUGCCAGGCCUGCGUGGACCCCCCCGCGGACCCCCAGCCCAACGUGCAGCUCUGCAGCAUCGUGGAGCGGCUCCUGAACGCGGCCCCUCGCACGGGGGAGGAAGGGUGCGAUGCGCCACGCGAAGAGGAGGGGGACAGCUCGGGCCAGCCGGAGGUGACCCUGUGUGAUUUCUGCCUCUGGGAGCCACAGCCAGGCGUGAAGACCUGCCUGACCUGCGAGGCCUCCCUGUGCCAAGCCCACCUGAGCAAGCACAACACGAAGAGCCCCACGAAGGACCACAUCCUGGUGGAGCCCUGUGAUGCUCAGUCCUUGGCCGAGAGGAGAUGCCCCCAGCACGGCAAACCGCUGGAGUGCUACUGCCAGACGGACUCGGUCUGCAUCUGCGUGCUGUGCUGUGUCAUCGGCUCCCACAAGAGCCAUAAGAUCAUCACUUUGGAGAAGGCUUUUGGCCAAGCGCAGAAUAUUUUUCCUAAAACUCUGGAAACAAUGAAAACACACGAAGCCGCACUGGAUCGAAGCAUAGCAAGCCUGCUGGAACAACAGGAGCAAGUAAAGGCUAAGGGGAGUCUGCAGAGGGAUCAGCUGAAGAGCCUCUUUGACGAGAUGUGUAUGCAGCUAGAGACCAAAGAAGAGCAGGUCUUGAAAACUCUCAGUCACAAUGAGGAGCAACACCUUGCUGAGAUUCAGACGGAGAUAGAAAAACAGAAAAAGGAGAAGGAUGCUGUCAGCCGUGAUGUACAGGAGAUGGAGGCUCUGAGAGAUCAGAAAGACCUACUUCUUUACACCAAGACUUUUGCAGCGAUUCGAGCAAGGAAACACAAGCCAGUUCCUAACACAGUUGGUGUACAACUACCACAGCCACCCAUUAUUUUGAAUGAAUUAACAACAAACACUACUCUGAGGUUUUUCCAGCAAUUUCUCUCAGACAUGCAGUCCUUAUUUAAAGCACUACCUGUUCAUCAACAUCUGACUUGUUCAGCUGCUCACCCUGACCAAACAAUCUUUGACUCCUCAUUUGGUUGUUACACAUAUAGUAUACCACAUAACCCAUAUUCUUUACCAUACGUGCAGAGUCACCAGAGCUUCUCAGAGGGCUGUCACUUCUGGGAGGUGGACACCAGCAAUGCGAGAUGCUGGAAGCUCGGAAUCAUUCACAACAAGAUUGAGUGCUACCUGUGCAUGUGUUGUGAUUACCUUAGUGUGUUCCUAGGUGAAACCAUGAUCACAACUGAGAACUUUUCUGCAGGCUUCAAAGUGAUCAGGGUAGAGCUAGACUGUAGAAGAAAUACACUGUCAUUUUAUAACAUGUCUGUCAAGGGUGGAGGUCCUGCUGAGAGACUCAAGCUUAUACAGGCAGUAAGCAUCCCUUCAAACUACCCCGCCUAUGCUACCUUUUUUGUGUCAAACGGCUCUUUGAGGCUCCUGUAGUGAUGGGGGGACAAGGUGGUGUUUUGUAUUUCCAGGCCUAGGUAUUGGGAGUGCUGCUGCAUGGAGGCUGUGCUAAGCUGGCAUAUCAGCAAUCAGGGUUUGGGCUGCUGUGACCGCUCGUCUGUGUGACGGCAAGGCCUCUGUGGGGUAUAGCGCAGCACACCGCCACUUACUGCCAGAGCUCCUGUCUUAUUAGUCCUGUGAAUCACUAUGAAAAUGCUGCUGAGAUGCACUUUGUUGCAUUGGAUCAAAUGCUGUGUUGGCUGCAUGUUAUUAAAGUAGUGUAGUUUGCAAAACACAAUGGCAAGUUGGUGUAUAAAAAUGUUGACAGCACAACAUUAACUGCUGCAGAACUGAGCAGCAGCAAUGCUCAUGUUUGCUGUAAUGCAUCAGCUUUUACCCCUGCCUUCCUCCACCCAUCCUGCAGAACCUGAGCCAUCUGUUGCAGAAGCAAAGAGGGCCUGGGAGGCAAGCAGAGACUAGGCAGUAAGACAACUGCUCUGCCUUGCUGCCGUCACCCCCUGCGAGCUCUCUGAUACAUCGCUUACCGGCUUCUUGCUGCCAUUUCGAUUUUCUCCUCAUGUAUGCAAAAAUCUCACAGCAACGGGAGUAACGAGGAAAACUCAUGUGCUUUUAGCCUCUGCCAUAUGGGGCCUGGCCCAGUUCAUUACGAUUGUCCAAACACCUUGGGGAGGAAGAGAUGAUAUUCCUGCCUGCUGCCUUCUGACAGAGCCAGGGUAUUUGCCUGAAGAGGUCCAGGCAGGAGCUCUUCACCCCAGCAGGAACAGUGAAGGGCCUUAAUGAAUGUUACAGUUUUGCAGAUCCUAAAAUAAAUCCUCGUUCAGUCUUGGAAGAAA